UCUCCUCAGUCAGCUGAUCAGAGUCUGCAGUUAGUCAACACUGAAGAGAGAAGAGAAGCUGCUCAGUCAUUCUCUGUACUCUGAUUCCUCCUCCACUGUUACAACAUGAGGUCUCUUCUGCUGUGUGUGUUGGCGGCUGUAGCUCUGACCAGUGAUGCUCUAAUCCGAAUUCCUUUAAAGAAAUUCCGUUCCAUCAGACGCGAGCUGACCGACUCGGGGAGAAGAGCGGAGGAGCUUCUGGCCGACAAGCACUCCCUUAAGUACAACUUUGGCUUCCCCUCCAGUAACGAGCCCACUCCAGAAACCCUGAAGAACUACCUUGACGCCCAGUAUUACGGGGAGAUUGGUCUGGGUACCCCUCCUCAGCCCUUCACCGUGGUGUUUGACACCGGCUCCUCCAACCUGUGGGUGCCCUCCGUUCACUGCUCCAUCUUAGACAUCGCCUGCUUGCUUCACCACAAAUAUAAUUCUGCCAAGUCCAGCACGUACGUGAAGAACGGCACAGCCUUCGCCAUCCAGUAUGGAAGUGGCAGUCUGUCGGGCUACCUCAGUCAGGACACGUGCACUAUCGGAGACCUCUCGGUGGAGAAGCAGCUGUUCGGUGAAGCCAUCAAGCAGCCCGGCGUGGCCUUCAUCGCAGCCAAGUUUGACGGGAUCCUCGGCAUGGCCUACCCACGCAUCUCCGUGGACGGGGUCGCUCCGGUCUUUGACAACAUCAUGAGCCAGAAGAAGGUGGACCAGAACGUCUUCUCCUUCUACCUGAACAGGAACCCGGACACGCAGCCCGGCGGUGAGCUGCUGCUGGGAGGAACCGACCCCAAAUACUACACCGGAGACUUCAACUACGUCAACAUCAGCCGCCAGGCCUACUGGCAGAUCCACAUGGACGGGAUGGCGGUGGGCAGCCAGCUGAGUCUGUGUAAGAGCGGCUGUGAGGCCAUCGUGGACACCGGGACGUCUCUGAUCACCGGCCCCUCCGCGGAGGUCAAAGCCCUGCAGAAGGCCAUUGGAGCCACUCCGCUCAUCCAGGGAGAGUACAUGGUGAACUGUGACAAGAUCCCAUCGCUGCCCGUCAUCACCUUCAACGUGGGCGGCCAGGCCUACUCUCUGACCGGAGAGCAGUACAUCCUCAAGGUGAGUCAGGCUGGAAAGACGAUGUGUCUGAGCGGCUUCAUGGGUCUGGACAUCCCCGCCCCCGCCGGGCCCCUGUGGAUUCUGGGAGACGUGUUCAUCGGCCCCUACUACACCGUCUUUGAUCGGGACAACAACAGGGUGGGCUUCGCCAAGGCCAAGUGAGCCGUCCUCCACUAACGACCACAAGUGCAACGCUAAUAAUCCAAGUUAUUGGAGAGAAAAAUCUGAGCACACGUUUUCUGUUGCUUUGCAAUCAAACCGUAUUUAGCAAUAGAUGUUGUGUAGAGACGAAAUGCACUGAUCUCAAGAAUUUAUACGAUUUCCUGCCGAGUGUGUGUGGGACAGAUUGGAGAUUUGAUAGGUUGUGUGAUGAUGGGUGUGCAUGAUCAGGGAUCAGGGGAUUGUAACGGUACUGCCCUUUUUAAAACAUACAAGUUAUCAUUUUUCUUUCUUUUUUUUUUAAUCAGGGAUUUUAAUUAGCAUUUUAGGAGGAAGUUGUUCCUCUACUACUGACGUUGAGAUGUAUCUUUAUGUGAUUGGCCAGAAUAAAAGCUUUUAAAAGAA